UGGUUUGUAAGGCAAACUGCAGAACUCGAGAAUCAGAUCAUUAUGACAUCUGUGGAAAGAAUUAAAGAAUAUACGGAGAUAAAGCCUGAAAGUGCCAACACUGAAGUUACCACACCGAAGGAUUGGCCAAGUAAUGGUAGAAUUAACUUCGAACAUAUGUCAUUCCGUCACCAUAAGAAGUUGCCUUACGUUUUCCAUGAUAUAAGCUGUUCUAUUAAACCUAGAGAGAAGGUAGAUUCUAAUUCGAUAUCCAAUGUUGGUCUUAGCUUUCUUCGUGGUAAGAUUUCUGUGAUACCCCAAGAUCCAUCAUUGUUUGUCGGAACAUUACGUAGCAAUCUUGAUCCAUUUAAUGCCUAUGACGAUUCUCAACUAUGGAGAGCCUUAGAUGAACUUAGGAGUCUUGAUAGUAUGACAUACCGUUCUGUACUAAGGGCGAUACUCAAGAAGAAUAAAAUUUUAAUAAUUGAUGAGGCAACUGCUAAUGUCGAUUUCAGCACCGAUCAAAUCAUUCAAAAGUCGAUUAGAAACAAGUUUCGUCAUUGCACUGUCAUAAGGAUUGCUCAUCGACUAAAUACAAUAAUAGACUGUGAUCGAAUUAUGCUGUUUAAAGAUGGCCGAUUGGUUGAAUUCGACUCGGCAUUCAAUUUACUACAGAAUCAGAAUUCUCAGUUUUUUUAA